CUUAUUUAUUAUCAUACUCCGUCGACCACCGUUGUCGUCAUCGUUACAGUCCGAGAUUAGCGCUCUCGGUUUGUUGCAUUUCGAUUUUUAAUUAGAUUACAAUUAUAUUCUUUGAUUUUUGACAUUUUCCAGUCGCUAAUCCUCGUCGUUUUGUGGUAAUGUCGGAAUCGUCGUGUGCAAAUCCAAACGUUUUGCCUUUGAGUGCUGUUUCGCGCAGUGGUUGUCCAAUAGUUUUUCGCUAUGUCAAUUCGUUUAGUAUUACCAUCUACAACUGCACUAAUUGAAUCGCGUUAAUAGUGAAAAAAAAUUAAAGAAAGAAUAAAAAAAAACUAUAUCUUCUUACUUGAAAAACUAAUAAAAUAGUCCUGAAAUCGUUGAAAUGGCCGCGACCGAGACUGGUGGAAUUGUCACAUCAGCUACUUCGUCGGAUUGGGACACAAGAGAGUCUAUGCGCCAACGCGAACUAGAUGAAGCCCGGGCUAGAGCGACGCAAAUGGAAAAGACUAUGAGAUGGUGGUCCGAUUGUACGGCCAACUGGCGUGAAAAAUGGAGCAAGGUGAGAAACGAAAGAAAUAAAGCAAGAGAAGAAGCCAAGUUGUUAAAAGACAAUUUAGAUCAUGUACUAAAAGAAAACAGUAGUAUAAAAAGAGAAAAACAAAAUCUAGAACAACAAAAUGAAUGUUUGCGCAAGGAAUUAGAAAAAGUCAAUCUUAUUCUGUUAAAACAUGCAGGUCAAUGGGAUUCUCAGUUGGUUGAUGCAUUAGAAAAUGGUAUUUCUGAACCAGAUACUUGUUGUAGUUCUUCAUCUAUACCCCAACCAUCAAUUGUCAGCGAUUCGGGUAUCGAAGAAUAUGUUUUACAAGAAGCAGUCCCAAAGCAUGCAGUUGAAAUGUUUAAUCAGACAACUUCUCCUAUCAAAUCACCAACUCCUAUAAAAACCAUGUCAGAUGAAGUAGCUGAUAAACUAGAGAAGAAUUUAGAAAACUUAUUGGAAAGCACUCAACAAGACUUGAACAAUUUGCAUAAUCAGUUGUCAGGUACUGAAAGUGUUAAAUCAGAGUGUCUGAUGUGUCAAGAAAAUCAGGUCUUAACAAACAAACGAUUAGAGGACUUGAGAAUACAGUUGGAACAGUUACAAUCUGAAAAUGAAGUUGAAUGGAGCAAACGAGAACAAUUAGAAAGUGAAAUUAUGAAUGUAGAAAGAAUUAAUAAACAAAUUAAGUCUGAGCUAAACGACGCCCUUGAAAAAUUGCAGAAACAAAAUAAACCUGAAUCAUCUUCAGAUAUCAAAUUCAGACUGUUGCAACAGGAUUUAGCUGAUAAAAAUAUUGAGUUAGCUAAUCUAAAACAUACUCUAUCCAAACAAAAGAAAAUGUUUGUUGACCAAAGUGCUGAGUUGGCUCAUUUAAUGCGUCGUGGUGAACAAUACGAUGGCGAAGUUAAACGUUUAAGAAACAGAGUUGAAGAGCUCAAAAGAGAAUUGGCUACUACUGAAGAAGAUUAUGAUUCUGCUUUAAAUACUAUAAAGAAACUUCAAAGGUAUAAUGAAGAUUUGCAAGAACAGUUGGAUAGUUUACAGGCUGAGUUAAAACAUCAAAACAUUAGAUUGACACGUUUGACUAAUCGAGCCUCUUCAGAUGAUUCCAGUCAUAGUGAUGAAGACUGGAUUCCAAGUAACAAAUCUGUUUUGUGUUAGCUAAUCUUCCAAAGAAAAUCUCCUUUAAAUAAUCUUAAUUUUUUUUUUUUAUUUACUUAAUUAUCUUGUCAAUUAAUUGGUAUUAAUAUUU